UAUCGUAAAUUUAAAAACUAGAAAGCAUUCAAGCAAAGUCAUCGUCAGUGCAGGUAUUAUUGAAUAUAUGUAGGUUGAUCAAAAAUUUAAAAUAUUAGACAAAAAGUUACAUAAAAAUUUAAAAUUAGAGUCACUACAAUUUCUAAAUAAAAAAAGGUGCAAAACUUCAACGGUUUGUAAAAAAAAUACAUUAAAAAAAACACUAAAUAAAAACAAAAUGCCGGGAGCUGGAACAUUUAAACUUUUUAUUGGAAAUCUUGAUGAAAAAACUCAGGCAUCCGAUUUGCGCCCAUUGUUCGAAAAAUACGGUAAAGUUGUUGAAUGCGAUGUCGUCAAGAAUUAUGGGUUUGUUCAUAUGGAAACCGAAGAACAAGGUCGCGAAGCAAUGUCUAACUUAAACGGUUUUGAAGUAAACGGCAAUGCAAUCAAAGUGGAAGCCGCAAAAAGUCGUCGUAAUCCAAACACAUCGACAACUAAAAUAUUUGUUGGUAAUUUAACAGAUAAAACUCGAGCACCGGAAGUACGAGAGUUGUUCACUAAAUUUGGUACCGUUGUUGAAUGUGAUAUUGUUCGGAAUUAUGGUUUUGUUCAUUUGGAUUGUGCCGGUGACGUUCAAGAUGUUAUUAAGGAAUUAAAUGGACGUGUCGUUGAUGGUCAACCAUUAAAAGUUCAAGUUUCGACGAGCCGUGUAAGACCAAAACCGGGUAUGGGUGACCCAGAACAAUGUUAUCGUUGCGGUCGUUCUGGACAUUGGUCAAAAGAAUGCCCACGUUUAUUUGGUGAACGCGGUUUUAGAGAUCGUAUGUACGGCCGCGAUCCAUAUCCUCCACCACCACCACCACCAUUCUUACGCGACAGGAUUAUGGAUAACUAUAGGGAUUAUGAUUACUACGAUCGCAGAUUUGAUGAUGGUCGCGAUCUGUUUGAAAGACGUUUCUCCAGCUCCAGGAUGCGAGACUUUUCACCGCCUCCUAUGGGAAGACGUGAACCAAUGCCAUUACCACCAUCUUUAGGUGGAGGAAGUUUACGAGGCGGCAGCGGAUUAGGUGGGCGUGGUUUUGAUUCGAUGUUUAGUCGUAGAACUCCACCAAGAAGCAAUGGGCUUGGAAGAUAUGGUGGAUAUGAAGAUUUUAGUCGUGAUUCGUUUGACGAUCGUCGGCCGGGUGGUAUGAGAGGAAGAUAUGCUCCGUACUGAGAUGAAUUUUUUUGCUUAAUUUCAUCUACUGACGAGUUUCGAAGUCGAAGGAAAUGGAGUACAAUUGAACAUCGUGCUGGAUUUAUAUGACAUUAAAAAAAUAAAAACGUAACAAUUCAUAAUUUACUUCUCAAUUUUAUAAAAUUGUUAGAAAACAUUCAUCUUUACGUUCAUGAUAAAAUGUGUUUUAAAAAAAUUUUUGUAUUUGGGUACCGAUAAUUGCAAUGUGAAGAAUAUGUUAUACAAGUACGAUAUUUAAUCAAAUUUAUAAAGUAUUAGCAAAAAUUCGUGUAUUUACCGCAGUAAGAAUUAAGAUUUUAAACAAAUUAUUACAUAAAACUAUGUACUAUAGAUUUUAGAUUUACUUGAAUGAUUACAAUUUGAAAUAUUUAAUUGAGACAUAUUUUUUCUUUUUGAUAAUUAAAAUUGAGUGAAAAAUCAAAUUUUAAUAAAACUUUAUAGUACAUUGUGUACAUACAAGUAAAGUAAAAAACAUAUUAAUAACUCUUUUACCUCUAAGUUAAUGAAAUUCGAUUUUUAAUUAACAUAACAAAAAUUGUUAUGUUAAUGGAAACUACUUUUUUAUUUAAAUAUCAGUAGAAAAAAUAUGAAUUUCCUAUGCUUAACAGAAAUAUAAACCUUGAACGCUGAGAGGGGCAGUUCACAACAAAAA